AUGGCAUACCAGCUCCUCGACCCGCGCGAGGAGGAGGAGCUCUUCAAGGCGCGGCUGCUCAACGUCGAAGAGAAGCCGUUCAAGCGCAUCACCAAACGCCUGGCCCUGCUCAACCGGGUCGUCGCCGCUGCUGGAGUCCAGGAACAGACACCGCCACCAGAGGGCGAGGGCGAAGGUCAGAGUGAGGGUCAGAGUGACGGGACACCACAGAACAAGAACGGCAAUGCCACAGCCAACGAAACGCUAGCCGAAAUCGCCCAGCUGCGCGAAGACAUCACGCUCGACUUUGCCGCCUUUGACGCCAGCAUUGCCCGUCUGCAGUUCUUGUCGGCCGCCAACGCCCGCGAGCGGCAGCGGUAUGCGGACCACCGCGUGACCAUUGAGGAUACGUGCCGCGGCGUGCGCGACGAGACGCUGGUCGGGCUGCGCCGCCAGCUCGAGGCGGCGCGCGCCACGCUGGCCCAGCGGCAGGCGUUUGACGCGCUGGCGGACCGCAUCACAUCGUCCAAGACGCUGUGGCCGCGGCCCGAGCAGCAGGCGACCAUUGACAAGCUCGAGGACGAGUGCCGGCAGCUGCAGCGGGAGAGCGAGGCGUACGCGGUGACCUGGGGCGAGCGGAAGCAGCAGUUUGCGCGCAUCAUGGACGAGAGCAUGCGGCUGCGGCGGCAGAUCCGCGACGAGAAGGAGGAGGUGGAGCGGCGGGAGGGCAUGGACGAGGAGGAAGAGGCCGCGGCGCAGACGGGUGCGGGCGGUACAGCCACGGGCACGGGCGGUGGUGGCGGUGGUGGUGGUGGUGGUGCGGCCGCAGGCGGUGCGAGAGGAACGACGCCGGCACCCGGGGCGACGCCGGCACCCGGGGCGACACCAGCGGCCGCCGCAGGGCCCGAGGCCGCCGACACGCCUGCAUCGACAGCCGGUCCAACGCUGCAAGUGCCCGAGGCGACCGCCAACGGUGCCAGCACGCCACGCAGCCCGGCCCCCGCUCCGGUGGACGCGGAUGCCGGGGCUGAGCCGUACGACAGCCAAACGCUGCCGCCCGACACGGCAGCAACGCCUCUGCCCGCUGCGUCGGCAGCACCAACACCCACACCCACACCCGAGCCGGCCGCGACACAAAUGGACGAGGGCGACGACGUCGAUAUGGUCGAGGUUGACGAGGAAGACCGUGUCACGGCGGCACACGACGGCGAGGCGAUGCCGGCGAGCACAGAAAAGAUGGAUACGACGUGA